AGCGUAAUCGCUAGCGUGAUCUGUAAUGGCCGCGCAGAGUUUGCGCGGGAUCGUGUUGUGACUGUCGGCGUUUUUACCUUCGUGUAUGCCUUCUCGCUUCUAUUGGCAAGUCUCAAUAUUUUCAGUAUUGUCACUUUAACCACACGCAGUCAACUGUUCACGUCCGGCGGGACUCAGCUGGUAGACAAGAGCCUGACCGACAGCGUCUGGUAACGCCGGUAAAGAUGGUCCGUCGGAAAACUAAGCAAGUGAACAUCGGGCCGCUGCUCGUCCGUACCGCCAACCAAAGCAAGGAGCUUCUGUCCGAGUUUCCGGAGCUGCAGUCCUUCGCUUCCGGCGACGUUCGGGUCACGGUGACGUGCGAGAGAGCCGUUGAGGCGUCAGAAUCCCUGCGCCAGUGGGCCUUAGAUCUAACCCGGGCCAACAUGCAGAGCCUUUACGAGGCCAGUCAUUGGGGCUGGAGCGAGAACGCCAAGAAAAAGGAACUCGGACAUCGGGAUGCCUGGUAUCUCGUGGCACGGGACCAAGCAGGCAAGCCCGUCGGCUUCGUGCACUUCAGGUUUGACAUGGACUUUGACCUAGCCGUGCUGUACUGCUACGAACUUCAGCUAGAGCCCCAGGUGCAGCGCCGUGGCUUGGGCUCCUUCCUCAUGCAAGCCCUGGACGUCCUGGCCCAGCGUUUCCGCAUGUGCAAGCUGCUCCUCACCGUCUUUGUGGGAAACGAGGGAGCCCUGGCCUUCUACCAGGGGGCGCUGGGCUACCGCACGGACUGCACCAGCCCCGGCAAUGGUGCCGACUAUCUCAUUCUCAGCAAGCCCACGAGCGUGCCUAGCAGACGGUGACUGCCCUCGUCCCAAGUAUGCUAUCGUCCAGUUUGCAGGCUCUUCGGUAGACCUUAUUCAUUUGUAUUACCCUCUGGAGGAAAUCCCUGGGUCAGUAGAGGUUGAUCUUGCUGCAAGUAGCAGUAUGUCUGUGGCAUGUCAUGGUUCGGUGUUGAUAGUUUGAAUAAGCAGGCAUUCCAUUGGAGCUCUUUUUAUGCAACAGCCGCAUUACUGAUAGUGAAGCAAAGUGUUGGCUUGUGAAUCAGCAACAGACCCUUUUCAUAAAAAAAAUCAAGCGACAUUUGAGUUCACUUUUUGGGCCAGGGGGAAGAAGCGAGUGGUGAUGGUUUUAGUUUUUUUUUUGCCCGAUCCCCCCAAAGGUCAUCCUGAUGAUGUUCCACACCACCUAGUAAUAGUUAUGAAAUUGCAGAGGGUGAGCAAAUUGGUGAAGGAAAGAAAUCAUACUUUUGGCUUUUCAUUUCUAGGCUAGGUGGCGCAAGCUACCACCCGUUAUAAAGGGUACAGCCAUUAGCAUCCAUCCAUCCACCCGGCACAAAGCAUGUAAUUGGAUCUAAAUCCUUGCCAGACGCUCACACAGCGCUUGCUUUCUAUACGAGAUGAGCAGAGUUCUUGGCAAAUGGUGACACUACGCACAUGUUCAAUAAAUGUUUAGGGUAUGUGCCCAAGCAAUGGCAGACUUGGAUAAAUUGUACUACAGCUAAUAGAUGGCAUACACUUUUGCUAUGGGUCUAUUAGCAGCUUCAAAACCCCAUUAAUAUGCCUGCGAUCUGUUGAUUGCUCCUUCUUACAGUGUAGGAGCCGUGUAAGUACAAUUUUAACCUAAUGCCCUUAAUUGGCUUGGAUGUUAAAGGGAAACUGAAACACUUCUUUCAAGAAAUCAGAUAAAAGUUGAUUUCAGAGUAGUUUUAUCCCGUGAAUUUGAACAUCUUACUUGUUUUCGCGAAGAUGUAACUAAAUGCGAGAAAGCAUGAAAAGCCUUUGAUCAGUUGUUACGUCAUAAGAGGACCUUUUGGCCGCAAAGCGCGUGUCGCUCGAGGGCCGCGCAUGCAAUUGCAAGCUUGCCAGGUGUAUAUUCCCCUGCACUGGCAGCAGUCGUGAUGUCUUUUUCUGCCCUUUUUAAAGAUAGAAAGAGCACACUUGCGUAGCUUUGAUAGGCGCUGAAAAUGCACGAGAGCGGAGAUUCCGAAAACUCUUUUUGUUACGUUACGCUUUAGGAAGGAGGGCCUUCAGCGAUACUUUGAAAUUGAUUUUCUGCAGCCUCUACGCACUAAAUUAAAAAACAAUUUCGAUAUUCCAGAUUGUGGAGGUCAAAUGAAGACGAUUUAAAGGACAGGCAACUUUGGUCAAUUCCGAAAAUUCUGGUAUUACGGGCAACUAUUAUGUCAAAACUACUAUUAAACAGUUCCAUGUCAUUCGUUUUUCGAAAAGUUAAAUAGUUUUCUUGCAAACCUCGUUUAAGGGGACACACCCUCUAGGGGGGUCAACUUUUGAACCCUUGUUUUAAAAUUAAUGAAAUUUACAGGGUAGGCUGGUGGUCAUGCUAGAGGGUUUAUAACAGAAUUUCAGAUCUUUCGGUAAAAUAAGAAGGAAAUUAGAGUAGCUUCUAUCAGCAACACGCCUACAUUGUUUAGUUAAUCUAUCGUCAAAAAACUAUCACAAUAUUCCAAAUUU